CUUUGUCCGGUGGCGAUAGAAGGCCAUGAUAAUUAUGGCAAAAUUUGCGUUUAUGAAUGAAUUAUAGCAUAAUGGUGGAUCAACAAGCAUACACCGAGUGAGGACGGGUUUGCUGACAAUGACACACCAGAGAGUUUCAUUUUAAAGGACAGCAGAGAGAGCAACGGAGAAAGGGUACAGUUUGCUUCCAAAGACAGUCUGCAAGAUGGCUAGCUAUCUUCAGUGGCAUGCUAACGUUAGCUAGUCAGCUAAUGUUAGCAUAGUAAACAUCCAAUUUCCAAAAACAUGAUUGAUUGCUUAAUCUUUACUCUGAUAAGUAAAACCAAGUGCACAUUUUAACAACUGAAUGUAGAGAUAUAAAUAAUGGCUUCGGGUAAUUUUCCGGUGUUGGAGCUACUGGGUGAAAUCUCAAUGCCGCUAGCGAGCCACAUUGAGUAACGUGGUAGUAACUAGCCUGCGUUAGCUAGCUGGUUUGUUUUUUUUUGUUUUCUGCCACACAUCUGUAAGUGAUCAUUUAGAGAGGGAGGUGGGGUGCUCUGUUACUUGCUUGUACUGGCACCCACGCCAGGUAGCAAGCAACCAGUUGUACUCAGCUUGUAGAAACAACAACAAGACUUUAACUUGUGCUGAAGAACCAGAUCCCGUUUUUACCUGACGCUUAUUUGGUGACCAAAUCCCGGCGUGACAGACACCGUGGCGAAACAUUUAGCAGCUGGAAAUUAGUUUCCAGACCUGGGCCGGCUUUAUAAUCUAAUCUAAGUUGCAUAAAUACGUGUUAGAUAAUAUUUAAAUGAUAUUGAAAAUGACCUGAAAGGCAGAUUCCACCUACUUUUGGCUCAUAGCCUUUAAGACGUCGUCAUUUUUAACUUUUUUUUUUCUUGCACAUGAACGGUGAUAUGCCACUUCACCGACAGUCAUAUUAGCUAAUGGCUGCCGAAUCGGGGAGACUACUGGCGGGACAAGGAAAACGAAGCAAAGCUUCCCAGAUGAAGAGUCCCGAGAAGAAGAAGGCCAGGAAAUCCACCACUCAGGCGGCUGGGUUUUCCCACCUCACUGAGUUUGCACCCCCUCCGACACCAAUGGUGGACCACCUGGUGGCUUCCAAUCCCUUCGAUGAUGACUUUGGACCGCCAUCCCGACCCAGUGGCACAGGCGCACCAGGCAAUGCUCCAUUUCUACCCAGUCCGGGUGCAGGCGGUGGAGGCGGUUAUGGAGGUGGAGGCAGAAUGGGCGGCGGCAUGGGCUUCAUGGGAGGACCAGGAGGACCAGGUGGCGGCCAGCCUGUGCGGCGUCCUCCAUUCGGCCCGCCAUCCAACGCUGGACCUCACCAUCAAUUAGGCUUUGGAGGCAUUCCCGGCUUUGGAGGCGGUGUUGGGGGAGGAGGAGGCGGCGGCGGAGGAGGAGGUGGUGGCGGCGGCUUUCCUCCUGGCGGGCCUUCUCAGUUCAAUAUGCCACCAAACUUCAGUCCACCCAUGCACGGCGGCCCAGGUUUCAACCCCAUGUUGUCCCCGGGAGCUAUGGGAGGUCCUGGAGGAGGGGGGGCACCUCACCCUCGCUUUGGCAUGCCACCACAGCAGCAGCAUGGUCAGGGUGGACACCCAUUCAACAGCCCGCCUUUACCUGGUGGAGGAGGUCCAAGAGGGCCCCCGCAUGGUCCACUGCCUCCCAUGGGAGGAGGCAUGGGUCCUGGAAUGAACAUGAUGGGGGGCAUGGGUGGCGGCCCAGGAAGCAACAUGGUGGGAGGGAUGCCAGGUAUGCCCCCGCAAGGGCAGUUCCCUCCCUCCCAGGACGGUCCUUACCCUGGCCCCAGCCCACCAGGACCAGGCAAUGAGGAUGGAAAGAACUUUGGUGGAGGAGGGGCACCGCCUGGGCCUCAGCAGCAGCAGCAACAACAGAUUAACCUAAAUCCCAAUGGCCCCCCUCCUAAUAACACCACUCCUGGCCCUCCUGCUAACUCAGGCCCCUCGCAGCCAGGGGGAGGGUUCCCGGGCCACCCUGACGUCCAGCAGCCCAAUGCCAACACACCCGGUCAGCCUCCCUCAGCACCACCCCAGCCUAACCCCAAUUCUUCUCCUACUGGGCCCCUUAAUGGGUCAGGGCAGCCCCAGCAUCCUCCACCCAGUCAGCUGCAAGCCCCCAAUAAUUCUAACACCCCCAACUCAAACAACUCAAACCAGCAACAGCAGCAACAAUCCACUCCACCUAACUCUGCCCCUGGUUCCACCCCAUACAACCAGCAGAACAACACUCCUGGUACUGGUGGUCCACUCCCAAACCCGGCCUCCAAUUCAGGUCAGAAUAACAUGACCAACAACAAUGGGGGCAACACUCCUGGCAGCAACCCCAACCCACCCUCCAACUCAACUUCGACCCCAAACACCCAGUCCCCUCUGCCCCCCGGCCCGGCAGCUCCCUCGACCGGGCCUGGUUCUGGCCCUGGGAAACUUGGCGGACCUGGGAUGGUCUUCCCUUGCGGCCUCUGCAUGGCAGAGGUGCACGACGAUCAGGACGCCAUCCUGUGCGAGGCGUCGUGCCAGCGCUGGUUCCAUAGGGACUGCACGGGCCUGACGGAGCCGGCGUAUGGGCUGCUAACUCGAGAAAGCGCUGCCGUUUGGGCCUGUGACUUCUGCAUCAAGACCAAGGACAUACAGGCCGUGUUUGUGCGCCAGGGUUUAGGCCAGUUGGUGGCAGCUAAUGAGAGUUGAGGAGUGGGCAACAAGGGACAAGGGAGUGUCGUGGAGGUGCAAAAGCAUGAGGACAAAUAGAGACAAUCUUUCCUCUGAUCUAAUUGAAUGACCUGUGUUUCAUGUCAUCUACUCGCCCAACUUUCUCUUAACUAGCCCUUUACUCGUUCACUACACCCAGAAACAUGGUCAUUGAUAUUCAUGCUUAUACAUAGCACUUUUGAGUGGCUAGAGGCAAAUCAUUUUUUUCUCCCCCUUCCCUAGAGGUGUCAAAUCUUAAUGAAUGUUAACUACACAGUCCUUCAGACAUCUAGCCUGCCAACCAGCAAAGCACUGACACCAACACACUACCUCACAAACUUUGUGACUGACUGGCACGGAGGCUACCGCACUGACUUGACUGUGAUUGUCUCGUCACACUCAUUCACCACAUGGAUAAGAUGCUAUCUCAAACACACACACACACACACACACACACACAUUGAUAAAGAGUGUAAUGUUAAAUCUUUCCCCACUGUUUGUUGCUACAGUGACUCAAAUCCUCACCAUUUAUUCUGUAUUUGGAGGCUUUAAUCAAAACAGAAACUGUAUGAAAUAAUUUAUCAAAACACAUUAAAAGAGUGCCUGAAAGUCUGAGAGAAACUUUGGUUUAAUUCAUAAAUUUAUCCCAAGUUUCAUUUGCCAUUCAAGCACUGCCCUGUCACAUUAUUAGCCUUUAAAUUCAAGCAAAUAAAAAAAAACACAUUGGCAUAUUAACACAUACAUGUUUAAGGGGAAAUGCUUUUAAAGUUAUUUUUCCAAGUCCUGCAUAUGCAAACAUGCACAUAAACACUCCCAGUUACCCUCUGGUUCUUGUAUCUGUCAUUUUGUACACAGUGCUGAUUAACCCAAAGGAGACCCAGGCUAAUAUCUCAUUCAAUCCUUGCAAAAAGUGGACUUUAACAUCAAAGUAAUUGUAAAUAUUCAGACAGAAUCUUGGUCUGGAGCUCCUCAUUCAUUGUGAACAUGCCUGAGAGUUGACCAAUGAACAAAAUAAGUUGAACUUGUGUGUUUUGGUUGUGUACAGUAAGACGUUUUGGUUUUUAUACAGUACAUUUGAGUCAACUAUUUCUUUUUAUCUCUGCAGUACACACAAAUUGUGAAAUCAUUGCUUUUGGAUGGUGUUGGCAUAGCAAGUAGUGACAUCAUGUCAUAUCAGAUGUGCAUAGUCCUUUUUUUUUUGAAGAAAAGAAGAAAAAAGAGGGGAGGGGAGGGUUGCAUGUGAAUCAAUGCAGUAACUGUCUGAUCUGUUUGUUUAUAUACUGGCCUCUGAGCUGUAAGAGGCCUUGAGAUAGACCAAAUAACUUAAGAGUGAAAACAACUUUUUCACAUCUCUGUCAUGGUAUAAGGUGUUUAUAAAUGUCCUUCCUUCUCCCAUUUCUUUAUUCAAUGUCCAGGUUGCCUUUCUGUUCCUUGCUCCCUCUACUGUUCUCUCUCUUUUUUCUUUUUUGUACCGGUAUUUGUGCUGUGCUCUUGCUCUGCUCUUGUGCCUCCUGGUGGAGCCUGGAAGAACCAGUGAGUCCUGGAUGGGGGGGGGGGAAGGUACUGAACUCUGAGUAAAGAGUUUUUUUUUUGUACUUGUCCAUGUCUGUUUAUAUUCCCAUUUUUUAAUUUGUUUGCUAUUUGUUGUAUUAAAAUAAGGUUAAGGAAAACCUGAUUAAACGGAUAAUGUUA